AUGGGUUUGACAAUCUCAUCUCUCUUCAAUCGCCUUUUCGGCAAGAAACAGGUUCGUAUUUUGAUGGUUGGACUUGACGCUGCCGGAAAAACGACCAUUCUUUACAAGCUCAAGCUCGGAGAAAUCGUCACUACUAUUCCGACUAUUGGAUUCAACGUCGAGACCGUCGAAUACAAGAACAUUUCAUUCACUGUCUGGGACGUCGGAGGUCAAGACAAGAUCCGUCCACUCUGGAGGCAUUACUUCCAAAACACGCAAGGACUCAUCUUUGUCGUUGAUUCGAACGAUAAGGAGCGUAUCGAAGAGUCCCGUGAGGAGUUGCACAAGAUGCUUAAUGAGGACGAACUCCGGGAUGCUACUCUUCUUGUCUUCGCCAACAAGCAAGAUCUCCCAAAUGCAAUGACCGCCGCCGAACUGACCGACAAGCUUGGACUCCACAAUCUCCGCUCAAGACAGUGGUACAUCCAAGCCACGUGCGCCACUCAAGGACACGGACUCUACGAGGGUCUCGACUGGCUCUCGAACCAACUGUCAAAGACUUAA